CUUCGUGAUUGUGCCAGCACGAUGACGGAGGCGGCGGCAGUCCAGAAGCUCCUGUUGAGCCAUGUGGGACUUGGACCAAGACUUCCCCACCGCCAUCUCUUCACGCUCCCUAGUUUCUCAUCGCUCGAGUCGAAGCAAGCCCUACUUGCACAUGCAUGUCUCUCCCAAUGCAGCGCCGUCGUCGAAGACGUGCUUCUCUUCCUGUCGCAAACGCUGUCCGAGCCGCUAUUCCUUCGCGAACUUCGCCUUCCUCAACACCAGUUUGCCGUCGACCACUGGGCCAACUACCUUCGGCAGCAGCAGCGCCUCCACGUACGUUCUAUGGUGCAUCCAUUGGCCUCAUUCCAUGUCAUGUAAAGGCGUCGUCGUACGCAGCUCUGCAAGAUUACCCGUUGGUCGCAUUCUUCCGCGGCGUCGGUCGAUACACGGACAUGACUACGGAGAUUCUGCAGCUCCUUCUGGCGCAAUCCGACGUCGCACGCGUCCAGGAAUGGGCGCGUGAAGCCGACACCCUCCUCGACUCGUCGCACCAGCCAGCAUGGCUACGAGACCAAGUGGGUCAAUACAUCCAACUGCAGCUUUGGAUUCGAGAUACCGAAGCAAAAGAUGCCGCGAUCGCCCCGCCCGAGCAAACGCUCUCUGGCUGGGCCGACCAACGCCAGAUCGGUUCGCAGGGCCUCAAGUGGGGAAAACGCCACGUGCAGCUCACAGCCACCUACAUCGCCAUCCAAAAGCACGAGCCAGACAAAGUUGAACGUUCCGUCAACCCUUUUCUGGAUAAGCGGCAGGAGUGCAUCUCGUUGGCGGCCGACAUGCAAGUGCAAUGUCGACACCACGCCUCCAGCACCCAUGCCACGUCGCUCGACCGCCCGUAUUGCAUCGAGCUCGUGCGUCCAUCCUCUUGUGAUACUUUGAGUACGCCAACGGUCAUCGUGUUGCUACUGGAUAUGUGGUCGGAACGAGCUCAAAACGAAUGGCUGGCAGCGAUUCAAGCCAACAUCGCGCGCUUGACAUUGGAUCCGAUCUGGCGGACGUUUCCUAGAAACGGGUUGGCCCCACGCACGACCACCGUGGCCCACCUGUGGCAUUACAUGGCCUUGUACCACACGUCACUUGACCACCAUCGCUUCAGUGACACGUUUGCAGUCGACCCCACACGAAUAUUCUACCAACACUUGCGAGUGUCUGGGCUAAAGCAGCAGUGGGACGCCUUGGCGGAGCUGACGACGAGACGGCUGGGAAAGGUCAAGAUGCUGUUCAGUAGCAGGGCCGGGCCCCCACAGUCGGCGAUUGGGUUUGGCCCAAUUGUCGACAUUUGUGUGGACUGCAACGCCCCGCCCGAAGUACUGCAAACGUACGUGGCGCUGUAUGAGAAGCAGCCACACAAAGGAUGGCGGGCGCGGCGGCGGUGGGGAUAAUAAAGUGGACUUGACUAGGCGACGACAUGUUUGCCAAACUGUAGUUACAACAUACAGUAUCAUCAAAAUGUAUGUGUAGCUGUGCUCAAG